AUGGAAGUCCUGGCCAUGGCGCGCAUGCGGGGUCGCAGAGCUGCCUUGCUGGCUUGCCUCCUUGGCAGCCUUCUCUGCUGGAACCCUGAACAUGUGAGCGCAAGCACGGCUGCAAAGAUCUCACACGAGAAGCUGCACGCGGCAUGGAAUCAGGCAUUGACCGGGGCGUUGUAUGCACCAGAGGAGCUGCCCGAUGGUCUGAUCGCGGAGGAGCGGGAGUGCCGCCGCUCCAAACGAGAUCUUCGCAGGGCCUGGGGCAUGGCUUCAUGUGGAGCAACUCGAUUCCCUGAGGCGGUCGUCCCUUGA